AUGAUAUCAUUAUUUUCCUGGCGGAGUACAACACGGCUGAAACCGUGUUCGCAGACCAGCUUUUCCAGUAGGACUUUAGAUGCGCGCUCAUUACGUCGAUAUUCCACAAACACUCGGCCUUUCACGCCAAGCACUCAAUCCCUACUAUACAAACGGCUUCCUUUACGAACACACGGGCAAUUGCGAUUCCUCCGUAUAUCGUCACCAUGCAACAAAAGGCUGAAUUGUUUGAGUCCACUGUUCUCAGCUCCGCCAGCGCACAUCCGCCCUCUGGAAUCCGGGUUUCCGACCAAAACCGUCAUUGCUCUACUCAUCAUCGCCGGUGUUCUUUACUACACCGUUGAUGUCAUAAUAGGAAUUGAUACUCUGGAAAACCGGAUAUUGAACGCCUUUGAUGAGGAAGAAUCUGUGCUGCCACUGCAUUACUAUAGCUCACAUGAGCAGGUUGCGCAGUUCGAUUCUGACCUGACCAAGUCGUUCGAGUUGUCAUUACAACAACCUCUGAACGUGGACGAUUCUUUAGCAUUUGAAGGUGAAGCUGGUGGGUGGGAGAUUACUCCCGAGGAGUCUAGGGAGACGAAGAUUCCGGUUACCCAUGGAUGUCGCUGGGUAAGCAAUCGGCCCUGUGAGGACUACCAUGCGCUAGGAACGGCGCCGGGCCCAGGAGGCUCACUCUGGAACUUCUGGGGCGUUUACGACGGGCACGUGGGGCCGAACAUGUCCAGAGCGUUGCAAUGGCAGUUGAUACCCAGCGUUUCGCGGAUGCUGAGCGCCCUUCUACCUUCCAGCCCGUCCGUCGUGAUCACGGACACGAUCAAGGCCGCCUUCACCCGGUUUGACGAUGCUUUCCUGGAGCGAGCGAAACAUAUAGCAAAUUGGCAUCCGGCCGCAUCAGCCAUGGCGAUGCUCGCUCUAAAUCCAGUGCUUUCAGGUUCAUGCGCCCUUCUUUCUAUGUACGAUCCCACGACAUCCAAGCUGCGAGUAGCGUGUGUUGGCGACUCCCGCGCAGUGCUUGGCCGUUGGGAUCCAGCCACGGAGAGUUACAAGAUGAUUCCUCUAUCCACCGACCAGACAGGUUUCAAUGAAGGAGAGGUGGCCCGCAUAAAGGCAGAACACCCAGGCGAGGAGGAUAUUCUCGAUCCCAACACUGGCCGGUUGCUGGGCAUAGCCGUCACGCGGGGUUUCGGGGACCACCGGUGGAAAUGGAGCAGCGACAUGGUUCGGCAAGUGCAGUAUAAGUUCUUCGGGCCGCCACCACGACCGGAGUCGAAGACACCGCCGUACAUGACUGCUGAGCCUGUGGUGGAGGAGUUCGACAUUGUCAGCGUUGAUGCCGAUGCGAAAGCCAAGGGGCAGGGAUCGUCGUCAGUAAAGAGCGAUUUCAUGAUCAUGGCUUCGGAUGGGUUGUGGGAUCGCAUUAGCUCAGAGGAUGCCGUAUUGGUGGUCCAGCGAUGGCUCGAGUCGAGGGAGCGAGGCAAAGGGUCCAUACAUGAAGAUCCACAGUACGCAUCUCAUGAUUUUUCAUCGUUCAAGCCCAUGCAGCAAGACGCUGGGGUGGAUUUCUCCGUGGAAGAAGGCAAGGCCGUGAACUGGAGAGCCAAGCCCGAGUACUUUACCAUCAUGGACGAGAACGCUGCGGUGUGUCUGCUUAGGAAUGCGCAGGGCGGCAGCAGGAGGGGUCUGUUUUGGGGGCUCAUGGCGGCUGCCAAAGGGUCGGCCAGCAGGAACGCGUUCGAUGACACGACCAUCAUGGUCGUAUUCUUCGAUAGGUAUGGGGAGGAGAAGGCAAAGGGGACGAAGAAGGGUGAGGGGGAAAAGUCAAGCCGCUGGCUACCUUGGUGA